AUGAUACCCGCGGUCGUGACUACCGGCAUAGAUCGGACACAUCGUUCCAUCGAGCAUAAUGCGGGUUCUAAUAUUUUCGAUGCCGCUCGAUUUUCGGGUUCCCAACAACCAGUUUCCUUGGGAGAACGUGGAACCAAGGCGCCGAGAGAAUUGCAACGACUCAAUCUAGAAUAUGAUAGACAUAGGCAUUUGUAUAGCUGGAUCGAAGAUUCAUCGGCGAUUGGUUUCAACAGGCAAAGAGAUCAGAUGCAACAAAAUCAAGUUUUACAGCAAAAACAACAUUCAAAACAUCAGCAACUCAAAAGACAUUUGUCCCAUGAUGUGGUAUCGAGUGUGGAGCAACUUCAUACGACUCAAGUUAUCGUAGAUGUGGAAAAUGCGCCUGCAAAAGACGAUUCUUCGAAACGGGCAUCAGCAUUAUCGAUAAUUAAGAAACUGUCUCCAUUUGAUGGUGGAUCAAGGAGCGAUCAUUCAAAUUCCUUGGAAUCUAAUCCCGAUCAGAAAAAAUCUAUGACCGCUUCAAGUGGAGGUAGUUCCAAGUUCAGGACAGCUAGUUCUGGGUAA